CCCGGCCCAUUCCCCGGAGCCGCGCGCCGGGACCAGCGGGCGGGACGGGGCCGCGGCGCUGAGGCACCAUCCAAGGACUCUUGUGGAGCCCACUAGCUGCUUGCAGGAGCUGAGCAUAUCUCAAGGUGCCUUUCAGGCAGAGGGAGCAGCACAGGCAGCCUACUCAGGAGCUGACAUGCAGCAGAAGAUCAGCUCUUUCUUUAAUUCCAUCUUGGAGCUCAUCCGUACCAAGCAUGAGGAAGGCGUCUUCAACACCGUCUGCCUGGCCGUGCUGUUGGGUCUGCCCUUCGUUGUCCUCCUCGCCUUCAUUUUCAUCUGCUGCCACUGCUGCUUCUGCAGAAGGAGGGGAGAAAGCACUGGGAAAGGUGGCCCCAGCAGCAAUGGGCAGCUGCAUGCCGAGAGGAACAAGAAGAAAAAGAAGAAGAAGAAGAAGCAGGAUGAAGAGGACCUGUGGAUCUCAGCUCAGCCCAAGCUGCUCUUGCUGGACAAGAGACCCUCCUUGCCCAUCUAGCAGACAGGAGGGUGUUCAGGUCCUCUCCUCUGAGGUGCCACCAUUCCUUUCACCUGUGCACCAGGAGGGGCGAGGAGACACCAAAGCUUCUGCCACUUUGUGGUGACUUGACAGAGGCUGACCACAGCAUGCUGAAGGGCCAACAGGAAACAAGGCACAGGUUGUGCAAGCCUCUUCUCCCCCACCGUGACAGCAUGCCCCGGGGCAGAGACCCCUGCAAAGGACAGGUGAGCACACAAGGGUGACUGCCACCGGGUCCUACGUCCCUCCUGCCACGAGCACAGUGCACACACGUGGGGCUGGCACACAGCGAAGGGCGUGCGAGGCUCUCCCUCUGCGCUCAGCUGCCAGCACACAGACAGGGGUGCACAGGACAGCCUUCACCCACAGACCAAGCCAGCUGCACGCUCCCCCUGCGCAACACAGACUGCUGUGAGUGAAGCAGGCACAGACACACCUCCUUUGCUUGCCCUGCCAUGGAGGUGGCACAGCUUCACUGUCGAGGCUCCGUCCAAACCCAACUCGCUUUAUAGACACAAAGCUGAGUUACCCCACAGCUUAAAGAUGUGCCAUCUACCCGGCCACCAAACCAAAGUCUCUUGUGAGCACCUGAAGCUAGAUGCCCUCAGCACAACCUUAGAGACCUCAGACACCAUCCUAAGGCAGCACAGCAGAAGGAUGCCUUGCCACCUAGGUUAGAGGCAGGAAGGAGAGAGGAGGCUGCCAGACCAGCCCUUUUGCACCAGCACUUAAGAAAACACCUUCCUUGAAAGACUGUUUAAUACAAACUUGCCAUUAAAGAGCUCACCAUGCUGCUGCAAGAGCAGAAACACAACCUGAGGCUGUGUAAAAGCUUUGCUAUGGGCAUUAGAGUUAUUUAUUAAAUGACUACUAAAGAAGAGCAGGACCAAAGGCCCCUCUGGAGUGAGCCAGGGACAUGGAAGCAGUAUUGAAGCAGCAGACAUGGUUUCCUGGCACACUCAGCCAUCACCUCUCCCUGCAGCCCUUGUGCCAUGUGUCAGACACACACACAGACCCAUGAGCAGGUGCUGCCCCAGCUGAUGCCAGCUCUGUGUGCUGCACUGAACAUUUCUGUAUGGCUGUCAGGCUGACCAGCUCUGGGAUUUUGAAUGUGCUGUAGAAGCAAAGUAAACUCCAUGUGCACAGUCAUCCCUUACACAGGGAUACAUUAUACAGCCAGACUAUGCACCUCUCUCCAUCCUCAUGUUCCUUGGAAAGAUGGUUCAGCUGGGCACAGCAGCUAACAGGACCACACGCAGCUCUCAUCCCUGCUCUGCUUCCCACCUGCCCCACCCUGCCUUGUGUUCCCAUCCUAUGUCCCUUGAGCUGGGAGUCUCCUGUGCUCCCCACUCUCUGCCCCACCAGGCUCUGUCUCCCUCAGCUCGUUUUCCACUGAGGGAUGCACGUGUGUGAUGAGAAGCCUCAUCACAUCUGGGUUUUGCCGUCUGUACACUGGAUGUCUUCCUUCCAUUUUCUUCCAGUUCUUAAGCUGCUGGAGCAGACCAGAGCUGCCAGCCAGAGCCAGGCAUCUGGGGAACAAGCAGCCAAACCCACGUGGGCAAGCCUGGACAGAGCUGCUGGGUACAGCUGCUUCCAGCCCGGGCAAGGGUGAUGCCACCUUCCCCUCACUUGGAGGACAAAGCCACCAGCUGGAAGCAGCUGCUUGUGCCACCCAGUCCCAGCACAGCCUGUUUUGUCCAAUGCAGGCAGGGCUGUGAUGGUCACAUCAUGUCACAGGGUUUGGCUGCAUGUCACAGGGUUUUGUGCUGGGAACAGCCAUGAGGCUGGGCUCCUCCUCACACAGCCCUUUAAAUUGACCCCAUAUGUGCCUUAUUUUCCAGUUUGCUUUGUCACCAUUGAAAUCAGUGACUCCCUUCUGCUCCAAAACAGGAAGCAACAUAUUAUGGUAUAAAAAUUAGGAUUUGCCACAUGUCAUGCUAGGAAAUGCAGAAAUAGCUCUGAUCUCUGUCCCAAGCUCCCAGUCUAGCCAAGAUCCUGGAGAACUAGCAUUGCACUUGUAUUAUUCCUUCUUCCUUCCCUCCUUUCCCCCAUCCAAGUGCUUUUCUCAGCCCUCCUGCCUCCGCACUCUCCAGGUGGCCAAAGGAACCCAUGCAGGUGCUGUGAUCCAGAGGCAGCAGCAGCCCUGAGGCAGGGUGGUGCUGCCUGAAGGAAUCAAAAAAAAUCAGAGUAAAGGGAAACACGAUGGGAGGCCAGAGGCUCAGCCAAACAAGCAGGGGCACGGAGGCAGCGAGCACCGUCAGAGUACAGCCUACCUGGUGUGGAGGUGCCAGCCUUUGCUGGGCUUCCUGCAGGAAGGCUUUUCUCCAGAAAGCAUAGCAAGUAACUCUUCAAAUGGGGGCAACCAAUUCCUACAAGAACCAGAGAACUGCCAGGAAAAUGUGAGCUUUGGAUCACACACAUCUCCAGAUCCAGGCUUUGGGGAGUUCAGAGCUAGGUCUGAAUUUCAAGGGCUCCCCAAAAUCAUCAUUCAGACCACCCCUGGGCUGGGCAGGGAGGGACCAGGAUACAACCCUGCCCUCAUCCAUCCAACCAGUGGAUGAUCUGAGCCUCCACACUCCCUAAAGCACGGGGUUGGCUUCCUUGGUGUCUCCUGUUUGAGCCAAACCAUGCACUGAAUUGGCUGCUUCUGGAGGAAAAAGCAAAAGAGCAGCAAAAGCCUGAGGUGCACUAGAACCUGUUAUCCACCAGCUGGGCAGCAGCAACCCUGCAGCACCCAUAUUAACCAAGGGGGCAGAGAUGCACAGUACAGAAACUCCUGCUCUCCAGACACCCCAGCCCUGCCUCCCACAACUGCAUUUCAGUAUCAACCUUCAAUUUUCCUGAACAAGUCCAUGCAACAGGGAACAACAACAAAACAAAUCUUGUGCAAUUUUUUUAAAACCAAAAAUAAAUGACUCUUAAACUGCAAA